GCCAGCCAUCUCUCAACAUCUGCGCUCGCCUCUUUCUGGUCGACCACCAUGUUCCUUCUCCUCUUUCUCGUCCCGGCGGCACUGGCGCUCUGGCCAAACCCGCAUAGCGUAUCCUACGGUACAUCUGCUCUCAUUCUAUCUCCAACGUUUUGGAUACACUGGGCAUCUACAACCCCCGCUCCGGGGGACGUGACUGCCGCCAUAUCGCGCACCAUGGCCGAGCUGUACACCGACAACCUCCAGCGACUCGUUGUCGGGCGAGCGAAUGCCGACCUCCCGGCGCUUGCCUACGCCAACUCACUCCCCAUGAUCCAUCUCGAGAUCAUAGGGAACAGCCCUAUCAAGAGCAUCAUGGCUGAGGCGACCUGCAUUCUAGGCGAGAGGGACGAGUCGUACACGCUCACCAUUCCCGCUGAUGGCACCCCCGGCAUGCUCCAAGCGAAUACGACACUCGGCUUAUUCAGAGGUCUGACGACGUUCAGUCAGCUCUGGUAUUCCUCUGGAGGCGUAGCAGCGAUAUUCCCGUACAACUCGUUCUUCCCUGGAUCAUCGAUGAUCUACACCGUUCAAGCACCAGUGAUGAUCACGGAUACUCCUGCCUACCCGUAUCGGGGUCUCCUCCUCGACACUGCGCGCAACUUCUUCCCAGUCGCAGACCUCUACCGCACCCUCGACGCCGCCUCCUACGUCAAGAUCAACACCUUCCACUGGCACAUCACUGACUCGCAGUCUUUCCCACUCACUGUAGCCGCCUUCCCCGAGCUCUCGCAAUACGGUGCCUACUCGGCUGUGCAGACCUACUCCCUCCAAGAUGUGCAGGAUAUCAUCAACUACGCCGGGGCGAGAGGGAUCGACGUCAUGCUGGAAAUCGACACCCCCGGGCACACCGCCUCCAUCUGGGAGUCCCACCCAGAGUACGUGGCCUGCUACAACGAAGCGCCCUGGACGACAUACGCGAAUGAGCCUCCCGCCGGCCAACUCCGGUUCGCCGUCCCAGAAGUGCUCAACUUCACUCAGCAAAUGUUCGCCUCCGUCCUCUCCACUCUUCCUAGCACGCUCUUCUCCACAGGAGGUGACGAACUUAACACAGCGUGCUACGUGAACGACACCAUCUUCCAGGACGCGCUGACUGCCAGUGGGCAGAACUUUAGCCAGGCGCUGAAUACGUUUGUCUUGGGGACGCAUGACACUGUUCGGGCGGCGGGGAAGACACCCGCAGUGUGGGAGGAGAUGCUGCUCGUACAGAACGUCUCCCUCGGUCUGGAUACGCUUGUCAUCGUGUGGAUCUCCUCCGAGGACGCUCUUGCAAUCGCCGAGAAGGGGUACAAGAUGAUCCACGGUCCGUCCGACUAUUUCUACCUCGACUGCGGUGGGGGUGCCUGGCUCGGGAACGACACGAACGGGAAUUCCUGGUGCGACCCAUUCAAGACCUGGCAGAAGGCAUACUCUUUCGACCCGCUCCAGAACCUUACCGCCUCCCAGUACUCCCUCGUCCUUGGCGGCCAGCAGCUCCUGUGGACCGAACAGUCUGGCCCGGAGAACGUCGACCCCAUCAUCUGGCCCCGCGCAGCCGCUUCGGCCGAGGUCUUCUGGACAGGUGCGAAUGGGCCCGACGGGCUGCCACGGAAUUCCUCUGAAGCGCUUGAACGGUUGCAUGAUGUGCGCUACCGGAUGGUUGCCCGCGGGAUCAACGCUAUCAACCUCCAGCCUGAGUGGUGUGCCCUUCGCCCUGGGGAGUGUAACCUCGUAUGA